AGUAGAAUACGAUACGAUACAUACCAUUCGUGAUUUGCUUUGCGAAAAUCUAUAUUUUAGAAGAAAUGGCUAGCAAAGUGGAAAACAAUUUCAAAGUGAACCCUGAAAAGGUCCGCCUAGAAACAGAUCAGGGUAUCGUGGAAAGUGAAGAAAGAAAAUGGCGAAUGCCUUUGAAAGAUGUGUACAAACACGGACUAGCGUUUUACAAAGAUAAGGAAGGCAAAGCUUUACAUUUAAGCUAUGAAGAUAGAUUAAAACUGGUUGCAUACACCCAGCAAACAUCUCAUGGUCCUUUGGAUGUGAAUUCUGCUCCCCCAUUAGGAGUCUUAGAUGUUAUUGGACGUGAUAGGAGAGCAGCAUGGCAGGCAUUGGGACAGAUGUCACAGAUACAAGCAAUGGCUGGUUUUGUCCAUACAUUGGACAGAUUGUGCCCUCUUUUCAAACCAUAUUUAGAGGCAAUACAAAAGGAUAUGGAAGAUAAAAAAAAUCAAGAGAUGAAGAAGGAAGAUGAAGAAAAGGCACAUUUGGAGCUACAGAACAGAAUAAUGCUAGAGAAACAGAAACAGCAAAGUAAUAAACUUACAGAGGAGCAGCAAGUGCAAAGAAUAAAGGAUGCUCUCAAUGCCCAAACAUAUGAACAGUUCCUACAGUAUGCUCAGCAACAGUAUCCGGGUAACUUUGACCAGCAAGCUAUCCUCAUUCGUCAGUUGCAGGACAAACAUUACCAGCAAUACAUACAGCAGUUGGCUGUAGACCAGAGGCUUGCCAACUCUAACAUUAAUGUGACUGAAGACAAAGAAAAUGACAAUAUUAAUAAUGAGAAGGAGAAGACAAAUGAGGAAUCUGACACUGAUUGCAAUUUGAAUGAAGCUGAGCCAGCUCCACCUUCUGAUAAAUCAAUGCAGACUUCAGAGAAGACUGACAACAGUGAGUACAUUGAAGAGGUCAGAGUUGAUGACAACACUGAUGAUGAUGAAGGUUACCUCAACGUGGAAGAAGUCCGCAUGUGGACUCGAGGUGAUAUAGCCAAGUUCAAAAGCUCAGCUAAGCAGGGUGGUGGCAAACUGACAGUCGGCCAUGGAGAGACCAUUACCGUUCGAGUACCCACGCACCCAAAGGCCAGGUGCCUCUGCUGGGAAUUCGCUACAGAUAACUACGAUAUAGGUUUCGGAAUAUAUUUUGAAUGGACCAAAUCGCCUACUACUGAGGUUACCGUUCACGUUGCUGAGAGUGAUGAGGACGAUGAGGAAGAUGCUGACGAUGACGAAUAUCCCGUAGGAGAUGGAUCUUUCCACGAGUAUACUAUUCAUGGCACUCGGGCGGACCUUGAGCUUGGUUCUGACAAGCGUCCAGAGAAACCGACGGUCGGAACUUCCCGCCCACUCACCAGUCUUGUAGUACCUAUUUACCGUCGGGAUUGUCACACUGAGGUAUACGCCGGAUCUCACACAUACCCCGGCGAAGGAGUAUACUUAUUAAAAUUCGACAACACUUACAGUCUAUGGCGAUCCAAAACACUGUACUACAAAGUGUACUACACGCAGUCUCCUUGCCAGAAUGUCAACUGCUGAAAAAAGUCCUUCUUCUUAAGAUGACUAUGACGCCAACUUGUCAGUUGGC